AUGGCCAACCAAGCAUACUCGAGGGUGCCUUCAGGACCUCCUUCAUACAGAUCAGGCAGUUUCAGCGAUGACGAUGGAAAUGCAAAUGGCCGAGGAGAAACAGACCGUUUAGUUGAUGCUUUUGAUGAGAGCGAUGACGAUGAUGUGGAGGGUGAUGACCGGAACUUUUCUGGCCGCCACCAGCAUCAAGACCAUCAGCACCAGCGUCAGAACCAGCGUGGUAAUACUGGACAUGGUAGUGAGGUUCUUUUCGAUGCCGAGGAUGGCGCUUCGACAUCGGAAACUAGACAGUACGAAGAUUUUGAAACAGGGGUCGUGGUGACUAGAAAUAUUCGCAGUGGUACCAGCUCACCAGCUCCAGGAGAGGGUGAUUUCGAUUCUAGUGGAAGUAGCAGUGGAAACAGGAGCGGGGUCAGCACACCUGUUUCACCAUCAAGAAGUACAGGAGGAGGGUUUUUGUCGUCUUUUUGGCCACGAGGACCUCGUAGAGCGUCUCAUAAUAACGACGGGGUGUUUGCUAAUUUAACUGCCAGAACCAAUGGUGAAGAGAAACCAGAUGAUGCUGAACAGGAACCUCCUUCAUAUGAAGAAGCAGCUGCUGAUGCCACUCCACCAUACUGGGAAACAACAAUUAUGGCCCCUGGUCUGACGGACGAGCUGUUCAUUGAAGGACUUCCUGUUGGCAGCCCAGUCAACUUUGCCUGGAACAUGAUUGUAUCAUCAGCAUUCCAGUUUGUCGGGUUCUUCUUGACCUAUCUUUUACACACAUCGCAUGCUGCCAAACAAGGAUCACGAGCCGGACUAGGUAUCACUCUUCUCCAGUGUGGAUUCUACCUACAACCCGAGCCACUGCCAGGCAGUAACCACGGAGGAAACAAUAACAACAUCAACAACCCCGGUGAAUUUGAGCCAUCGAAUCCCAAUGAUUUUGGCGGUACUACUACCAACAUCCCCGGCACCGUUUCCGAAUCACACCACCCGGUCGUGGCCACAAUCGCAUCUCCACCCCACAAUCCCGGUGCCGCGGCCGGCUGGAUCUCGACCCUGCUCAUGGUGGUAGGCUCGAUCCUCAUUCUCAAGAGUCUGGCCGACUACAUCCAGGCCCGCCGAAUGGAAAUUGCCAUCAUCCGAAGCAACAACGCCAGCGACACCUCGUCCACCCCUGCUGAUGAGACGCCUGCCGCUGCCACUGCGUCAGAAUCCAUUGUUUAA